AUGAGUGAGAACAACAUGGGUGAGAACAACAUGAGUGAGAACAACAUGAGUGAGAACAACAUGGGUGAGAACAACAUGGGUGAGAACAACAUGAGUGAGAACAACAUGGGUGAGAACAACAUGGGUGAGAACAACAUGGGUGAGAACAACAUGGGGACGGAGCUACGGUACAACUACGGUACGCCCACGCCCACGCCGUCAGACACGCCCACGCCGUCAGCCCACGCCCACGCCGUCAGCAGUGGUCUAGCGUUUAUUUCACGGCCAGAAAAGCGUGAAAUGCAAAACAAAAUCACUGAAGAGGUUUUACUUGCAAAUGCCGAAGCUGUUUAUACAACCACCGAUACUGAAGCUGUUUAUACAACCACCGAUACUGAAGCUGUUUAUACAACUACUGAUACUGAAGCUGUUUAUACAACCACCGAUACUGAAGCUGUUUAUACAACCACCGAUACUGAAGCUGUUUAUACAACCACCGAUACUGAAGCUGUUUAUACAACCACAGAUACUGAAGCUGUUUAUACAACCACAGAUACUGAAGCUGUUUAUACAACCACAGAUACUGAAGCUGUUUAUACAACCACAGAUACUGAAGCUGUUUAUACAACCACAGAUACUGAAGCUGUUUAUACAACCACCGAUACUGAAGCUGUUUAUACAACCACCGAUACUGAAGCUGUUUAUACAACCACAGAUACUGAAGCUGUUUAUACAACCACCGAUACUGAAGCUGUUUAUACAACCACCGAUACUGAAGCUGUUUAUACAACCACUGAUACUGAAGCUGUUUAUAUAACUACUGAUACUGAAGCUGUUUAUACAACCACCGAUACUGAAGCUGUUUAUAUAACUACUGCUACUGAAGCUGUUUAUACAACCACCGAUACUGAAGCUGUUUAUACAACCACCGAUACUGAAGCUGUUUAUACAACCACAGAUACUGAAGCUGUUUAUACAACCACUGAUACUGAAGCUGUUUAUACAACUACAGAUACUGAAGCUGUUUAUACAACCACUGAUACUGAAGCUGUUUAUACAACCACUGAUACUGAAGCUGUUUAUACAACUACAUAUACUGAAGCUGUUUAUACAACCACCGAUACUGAAGCUGUUUAUACAACCACUGAUACUGAAGCUGUUUAUAUAACUACUGAUACUGAAGCUGUUUAUACAACCACCGAUACUGAAGCUGUUUAUAUAACUACUGCUACUGAAGCUGUUUAUACAACCACCGAUACUGAAGCUGUUUAUACAACCACCGAUACUGAAGCUGUUUAUACAACCACAGAUACUGAAGCUGUUUAUACAACCACUGAUACUGAAGCUGUUUAUACAACCACUGAUACUGAAGCUGUUUAUACAACUACAGAUACUGAAGCUGUUUAUACAACCACUGAUACUGAAGCUGUUUAUACAACCACUGAUACUGAAGCUGUUUAUACAACCACUGAUACUGAAGCUGUUUAUACAACUACAUAUACUGAAGCUGUUUAUACAACCACAGAUACUGAAGCUGUUUAUACAACCACUGAUGUUGAAGCGGUUUAUACAGCAACAAAUGUAGAAACAGCUGCCAGUAUUUACCCAGGAGAAGAUGAAGGAGGUGAAGCGGGAAGCUCGUUAAGAAACACAUGA